UAAAUCGAAAUCGAGCACUUACGGUUGUUGAAAAUGAGAUGUGCUUCGUGGCAUCGGGUAACGACCCAAUACACAAAUAAUUUCUUGAAUUGUGUUAAGACAAGACACGCUGCAUUUUUUUUUGUUGCAAAGUAGUUUGGUGUAUAUAGAUUGGAGUUUUUUUGACACAGUACGGUAGUCGGCUUGCAAAGUAAUGGAGUUCGAUGCAAUUGUUGUGACUUGUGUCGAUACAUGCCAACCUUAUCCUGUUCAAAAAGAGCUUGAGUUCUAUCAGUCGAAAGGGAAAAUAUCCUCAAGCACUGUGCUUCUGGCAAUAGAUGAUCCUAAACCAGGAAUUGGCAGUGGAAGUGCAAUGCUCAAUGCAUUACUAGUUGUAACUGAACAUUUAAGUGCCAGGGCUGGUUAUACGGUUGUUGAAUCACAAGUUCUUAAAAAUGCAAGAAUUCUCAUAUUGCAAAUGGGAAGCUCUUAUCCAUUUUCAUCGGUUGGAAAGGCAUUCAAGGUUUUACCAUGCACACAGUGUAAGAACUAUGAAGCUGUACCUGAUGACUUUAUCACAAAUCUUGAAAGUAUUCUACUUACGAUGUCGAACAUAUUGGCGAUUAAUUCACCCCCAGGUGUAUGGGCAUGUAGUACGGAUAUGAUUCUUGGUAUUCCAUCAGGAACAGUUGUUGAUUGGUCAAAUCAUGUUGGUGUGAGAAUAUUUUCAAUUCCAUCUGAUGUUGAUUAUGCACGUAACCAUGGCAUCAUUCAAAUUGGUGAAAAUAAUGUCAUUGAGGACAUAUUUUACUUGGCAUCCGAUGAAGAAUUGAAAAAAUGUACACUCAGUGAUGGACAGGUUCCUAUUGCGCCAGUACUGGUGUUUUUCUCCACUGAAGUUGCUACGAAAUUUCUAACUAUCGUCAAUAUAUCACCAUUGGACAGUUGUACAUAUCUUGGACUUGAUCAAGGAAGUCAAAUUUGUAGGCUGGCAUUUGUUUGGGAUAUUUUAUUAUUGAUGGCGAAGAAUGUGACGGAAGAAGAUUUCGUUAGUGGUGAUCGAAGCAUGUCCUUUGGUCGAAAGAAUCUCACUGAAGGAUCUAUUGCAGAAACUCGACGUUAUUUGAAUGGUCGCGAAACUUCCCCAGAGUCUGUUUUUUUCAUGAGACAAGCGCGCAGGAGCUUAUGGCUACAACUGAGGGGUAUCACUUUGACGACAACUUUGUUGCAAGGUGCUAUUUUUGAUUACAUCUCCUCGUCUGGAGAGAACCACCGGAGACAAAUGCUCGAAUGGCCAUUACAACGCAUCAACCUUCCUAAAAAUUUUCCGUUUUUUUACAACAGGAUUGUUCACAGUUUUUUUGAGCCCGAUUGUAAAAUCAACGAAGAGAGCGUGGUGAUAAAUAGUUUCCUACAAGAUGAAGUUGAGAUAAGAAAAGAUUGUGUUUUAUCACAUUGCCGCCUUACUGGUUCUGUAUCCGUAGGUCAAGGAUGCAUUUUGACAGGUAUCUCUCCAGAAGAUAUAUCUCCCACCAAUGGAUAUAAUAAUGAUGUUUCAUCAACAUGCGAAAUACCGAAAGACACUGUGGUUCAGACAUUUCAAUUGUCGAUAGAUAAAAUCGUUCCAUAUCAGAUACAGGACUCGCGAUCUCUUCGCAUUAUGGUCGUUUAUGGUGUUCAUGAUUUGUUCAAGGUACCAGUUUCCGACUCGCGCAGUACGUAUUGUAAUAAAUCAUGGAACGAGUUCUUUGCAAAAACCGGAAUUCGAGCCAAUGAACUUUGGCCACCGCAUUUGACGGCGAACGAACAGUCGUUUUUAAACGCAAAGCUUUUUCCUGUUUUUGGUGCCAGCAGAAACACAAUUCUUCCCGAAGUGUUGUGGCUUUGUGGAACAAAUAAGGUCACAUCUUCUGCAGAUGUUGUCAAAAAUUGGCGCUCUUCGUGGAGGUUUUCGUUGAAAGAAAUCCUUGAUAAAAUUGAUAUAUCUGCUGAGUUUCGUUGGCAAAGACGUCUUUAUUACGAAGUUGGUUUAAUGAGAACGAAGGAGACAUUGAUGCGUGCCAAGAACAACUGUCUUCUACCAUUCUUUAAGAAUUGUGUUUUACAAAAUAUAGGCUUGGAACUCCUCAAAGAGCUUGAUAAAGUUGCUUGCAAUGCAGGAUCAGCUGAUUGUGUGGCAAGAACAUUCUCCUGUAUUGCUGACGUGCUGAGUGAAAUGGCCGGCAAUGACGUUGGUCUGCGGAGUGGACCGGCUGCCAACGAAGACUGGAUGCAUGCCUACAGGAUGCUUGAAAAUGGAAACAUUUCUGAGGGUGUUAUGGAGCUUGCAAAUCAACGUAAAAAAUGGAUGGAAAGACCUGAUUUACUUAUACGUGCCGCCCGCCAUUACGAAGGAGCCAUGCAAAUAUUGAUCAGACACGCAGUAAUGACCGGUAGACAGUUCAUCAACUUUUCUUUAAAAUCUCAACCUCCGAUCGGGCUGUGGUUUAUAGCAGAGAGUCCAGCUCGCGUUGAUCUAUCAGGUGCAUGGAGUGAUACUCCGCCCGUGACGUACGAACUUGGAGGGGCCGUCACCAAUAUAGCCAUAAAAAUACGUGGAAAGAAACCACUUGGGGCAAAAGUUCGAAAAAUUCACGAUUUGCAGUUGUUGUUAGUCAUUGCAAGUGAGACGGAUACGAUCAAGAUCACAUGCAAUAAACUGUCUGAUCUUCAAAACUACUCCAAACCUAACGCUCCAGGUGCUUUACUUAAAGCUGCAGUUUGCUGUACGAAUAUAAUUGAUAUUACAUCAAAGAAGACUCUCCAGCAACAACUACAAGAGAAAUAUAAUGGCGGUUUUGAAGUUCAGUCAUGGUCGAAUCUUCCAAAAGGAUCUGGUCUCGGUUCCAGUAGCAUCUUGUCUGGUGUUUUAAUGGCGGCUUUACUCAGUGCUGCUGGCAUAGGGUAUGACACGAACUCCUUAAUACACGCGGUUUUGCAUUUGGAGCAAAUGAUGACGACAGGUGGUGGCUGGCAAGAUCAAGUUGGCGGAUUGCUACCUGGUAUCAAGCUUGGAACGUCGGAGGGAAAAUUACCCCUUAAAGUGGAAGCAGAGGUGUUGAAGAUAGACGACAAUAAGAUGAAGCGUAUUUUGGAUCAUUCUGUAUUAGUGUUCACUGGAAAACCGAGGCUUGCUAAGAACAUGUUGCAGGGUGUCAUUCGGAACUGGUACACCCGAAAACCGGAAGUGAUUAGCACUGCCGAUUGGAUUGCACGCAACGCCAAAGAUUGCGCAAAGGCAUGUGUUGAAGGAGAUUUAGAAAAAAUCGCUCAAUGUCUAAAUAAUUCUUGGGAGCAAAAGAAGAUCAUUGCGCCUGGCUGUGAACCACCGCAAGUAAUGGAUUUGAUAAAUGCUCUCAAGCCUCAUAUUCAUGGAUUCUUACUCACUGGUGCCGGAGGCGGGGGCUUUCUUUACGCUAUUUCAAAAGAGGCAAAUUUUUGUGACAAAGUCCCAGCAUUAAUUGAAAGAUUGGGGGGUACGAGAAAUGAAGAACUUUAUAAAAUGGAGUUAGACAACGAAGGACUUACCGUACGUACAGAAUAGGAGGAACUGGUUCUUGCAAAGAUUCUUGAAAUGGAAUUUUUAUUAUAAAUCUUAACUUUUACGUUUAACUUUAUCAUAACCGAUUAAAAUAAACAUCACGGGUUUACUGGUAA